AUCCCACAUUACCGCGCAUAAAAGUUUACCGGUUAGGCGAAUACAAAACCCGAAACCGAGACACGAAAAGGAGAAGAAGAAAGUACACACGAUUUCUUCAACCAAUUCAGACACUGCACCACAAAAUGGAGGCUCCAUUAGGUGGAUCCGGAUCCGGACCCGAGAGGGACAAAUCCACCGCUCCUCCAUCCUCUUCUCCGAUCUCCGUCGUCUCCGCCUUCUGGAAAGAUUUUGAGUUGGAGAAGGAGAAAACAGUAUUGGAUGAGCAAGGGCUUCGAAUUGCGGAGAAUCAGGAGAACAGUCAGAAAAAUCGACGCAAGCUUGCAGAGAACACUAGAGAUUUCAAAAAGGCUUCUCCAGAGGAUAAGUUAAGUUUGUUCAAUUCCUUGCUUAAGGGGUACCAGGAAGAGGUUGAUAAUCUUACUAAGAGAGCCAAGUUUGGAGAAAAUGCUUUUCUCAACAUCUAUCAAAAGCUCUAUGAAGCUCCCGAUCCUUAUCCAGCUCUUGUAUCGAUUGCUGAGCAAGAUCUCAAGUUAUCUGAACUUGAAUCUGAAAACCGGAAAAUGAAAGUUGAGCUUGAGGAGUUCAGAACAGAGGCAACUCACUUGAAAAAUCAGCAGGCUACAAUACGAAGACUUGAGGAGAGAAAUAGGCAAUUAGAGCAACAGGUUAUUAAUGCUUCUGAUACUGUUGUAUAUGGUUACGUAAUGUCACAGUUCCUUUCAUUUCUUGCGGAAAAUAACUGUUGGUGCUUUUAUUUGUUGCCUCCUGUUUCCAAUCUUUUAUCAACUGGUGUGUUUUUUGGGAUCCUAUUUUGACUGCCUGUUUCAUUU